CACGCAUACUAUUAUAUAUCCAUCUCUGCUCAACUCAAUUCAUCUCCACAAACGCCACCGUCACCGCCGCCGCCGCCGUCAAUUCAAUUAGUGAAGACUGCACAGCCGCCGGAGAAAGAAGGUGUGAGUGGGGGAUUUAAUUAAUGGGAAGGUCUCCUUGCUGCGAAAAAGCUCACACCAACAAGGGAGCUUGGACCAAGGAGGAAGAUGAGAGGCUUAUAGCGUACAUUAAGGCCCACGGGGAAGGCUGCUGGCGGUCGCUCCCCAAGGCCGCCGGGCUUCUCCGCUGCGGCAAGAGUUGCCGCCUCCGGUGGAUCAACUACUUGCGCCCUGACCUCAAGCGCGGCAACUUCACCCACGAAGAAGAUGAGCUUAUUAUCAAACUCCAUAGCCUCUUGGGCAACAAGUGGUCUCUUAUCGCCGGGAGAUUACCGGGGAGAACAGAUAACGAGAUAAAGAAUUAUUGGAACACCCACAUAAGAAGGAAGCUUUUGAGCCGAGGGAUCGAUCCCACCACCCACCGGCCUAUCAACGGCGGCGCAGCAGAGGCUAAAGAAACCACCGCCACCACCAUUUCUUUCGGCGCCGUAAAACCAGAAGACGCUGAGAAUUAUUCGAUUACCACCGGCAAGGAUUUGGGACCCAAAAAAGAAGAAAAAGAAGAGGAAACAUUAUUAUUCAAGAGUGAAGAGCCGCAGGUAGUAGAAGCGUGCCCGGACUUGAAUCUUGAGCUCAGAAUCAGCCCACCGUCGUUCCAAGAAACACAGCCGCCAUUGCCGCUAGAAGCCGCCGGAUCAGGCGGCGGCGGGAGGGUCAACGGGUUGUGCUUUGCAUGCAUUCUGGGAAUACCGAACAGCAUCGACUGCACUUGCAACAACAAUGAAGAUUACAGCAGCAGCAAUUAGCAGUUAAUAGUGGUGGCUUGGAUGGACUGUGGGAUAAAGCGAUCGAUCGAUGCUUUGAUUUGGAGAUAUUUUAUUUUAUGCAAUUAAUCAUCCAAUUUUCAUCUUGUAGGACUAAUAUUUAAUCCCAAUGCCAAUAUCCAAAAGCACCACCACUACAAAAACAAAUACAUACCAUACAAAUGUACCAUCGCUUACUAUACAUUAUAAUAUAUGAUGGAUCAUAUUUGCUAUU